AUGGGUGUUUUCACUUAUGAAUCUGAGGUUGUUACCGCAAUCCCACCACCCAAGAUGUUUAAGGCUUGUAUCCUUGAUGGUGACAAGCUCAUCCCAAAGAUUGUUCCUCAGGCUUUUAAGAAUGUUGAGAACAUUGAAGGCAAUGGUGAGCCUGGAAGCAUCAAGAAGAUUACCUUUGGAGAAGGAAGCCAAUUCAAUUACAUAAUAGAGAAGGUGGAGGCACUAGACAAUGAUAAUUUUGUGUACAGCUACAGUGUGAUUGAAGGUGAUGCUUUGAUGAACACACUUGAGAAAAUCACUUACGAGACCAAAUUGGAGCCAUCUCCAGCUGGGGGAUCCAUAUGCAAAACCACUAGUAAAUAUUACACCAUCGGUGACUUUAAGAUUAAGGAAGAGGGUAUCAAGGCCGGUAAAGAAAAGGCCCUGGGAAUAUUCAAGGCCGUUGAAGCCUAUCUCCUGGCAAAUCCUGACGCCUACUGA